CUACCCAGACGAUGUAUUUAACUCUAAUAUUGAUCGUUCGCAGUAUAUUGGAUUUGAGGAGAUUUGUUAUUAAUAAUUUUCUAAAUGUCUACAUCGCCAGAAAAGUCUAACAUCUCAAAUAUUUAUUAUUGAUAUAUUCAGUGCAAGGUGGGAAACAGUAACAAGGGGACCAGUUACAAGGCAAUAAUAAAUGAUGUUAAUUAGUUAUAUACUGAUGGAGAUGAAUUACUUCUAAUGUGAAAUUAAUUUACAACAUGUGACCUGCGUUUUUCAGGUGUUAAUAUCAACAGAUAAUGUGAAUGAUGGGGGAAUCAGAAAAUGAGAAAUUCAUAAAGAAUUUAAAGACACUUAUAAAAAGACGAGACACUGAAAAAAUAAAAACUUUAAUCAAUAACCCGAAAUUUGAGGUUAAUGUACGUGACGUCACGCAGGAUUUACAGACGCCAAUGAUGAAAUUGUGCUAUAGUGAAAUACCGGACUCAAGUUUAAUGGCUAUUAUGGAUUUACUCUUGGAACGCUAUGCAGACCUUAAUCUACAGGAUUCUUCCGGGAAAACUGUGAUGAUGCACGCAUGCUUGGCACGGAGAACGACAAUAGCAGACUAUAUCAUUAGUGAUCCCACUUCGAGGCUGGAAAUGUUUGACUUUGAUGGAAAUUCCGUUUUGUCGCAUGCUGUUAAAAGCAUUGACUAUAUUAUAACUAAACGGAUAUUAGAACAUCCAGCUGGUAUUAGUUUACUAGAAAUAUAUAAUAGUAAUGGACAAAAACCAUUACAUAUGGCAAUAAAGUGUGGGAAUAAAAAAAUAAUCAAAAUAAUAGAGCAGUUUGAAGCAAAUAUACCAAAAGCAAAAGUGAAAGAAAAACAAAUGAAACUAGGACAUGACCCGGUUCCUUCGAUUUAUUCACCCAGAACAGAGAGGAAACUUUUACUAAAACGAGGACCAGUUGAUUCGUCUCUUGCUCUUCAAUUGGAAACGUCAUCUAAGAACGAUAACUCUGACCACGCUUUAACAUUAUCGUCUGUAAAACUAAACCGUAGCAAAAAGGGUGCAAAUACUAUUUUGUCACCAGAUCUCAUCUUACCCUCAAUAUCCGAAAAAACUGAUAAAAGUCGAACAUGGAAUAUUGAAUCUCCUCUAACAAGAAGAAAGGCAAGACGAAAUUCAGUUUCACUUCCGGACUUGCGCGAUUCACCUCUUGUCCAGUCAGGGGAGAAUACUCCUUCUAUGUUAGAUUUAACAAAUGGACCUGACGUUUACGACGACGAUGAUGACACUUUUAUAAAUACUGAUCGUUCGCCUAGGAAAACGACCGAGAAUAUUCAAAACAUUCGGAAAUGUAUCUCAGAAAAUCAAUUGUCGUUUCCAAGUAUUAUUAACAAAAACACGAGUAAGAAUUCUCAAGUGAAACGAACUCUGACAGAAUCAAGUAUUUACAGCAAUAGCGAUGAUGCUUUAUCACGAACAAUGCAGAGAUUACUGUAAUCGGUUCUAUUUUUAUCAUUUUUGUAGUAUAACUUCUUAAGGUGGUACCUAACACUACAGGGAGAUAACUCUGUAAAAUCAGCUAAACGUUUUAAUAAUGUUGUGUUGUUAUGUGAAUAUUAAGAUUCUCAAUGAUCAAAAUUAGUGUUUGUUAAACUGCUAUAUGACCAGUGUAAUUUUUCUGAUAAAUCGGUUGGUUCAAAUUUUUUUGAAAUUUUUACAUUUUUGUCAAAGGGUCAAAGUAAAUACUUUGUCAAAAUUUUAUGAAAAUUAAACGAGCCACAUAAAUUUUCGUGAAGGUGUUGGGUUCCACCUUAAUACGUAAACAAAACAAAACCAUUUUUAUCGCUGUACUAUACUUUUUGAGGUAUAUAACCAAGACUUUUAACCGAACAUGCCCCAGUUGCUGUUAAACCAUAUACAAUACAGGAUAUAAUCUCAAAGUAUUGCAUUCUGAUUUCUUUGUAUUUAUUCAUCUUUAUAACAUAUCCUACACUGAUAGUUGGUUUGCAUACACGAAAUUAGAGUUGUUUUGUUGUAAUUUAAAUGUUUGUCUCUAAGAUUUGUUAUAUUGUUGUUUUAUUAUUGAAACUAAAUAUUUUGCAAAGAACUUAAUAUGUUAUUCUUUAUCUAUUCCAAUAUAUUGUAAUAAUCCUGUGUGGGGAUACGAGAGACAAAAUAUUAGGAGCUCAUAAAAUUACAUCCUUUAAUGGCGCUUGCAAAACGAAAAAGAGACAGUACCUAUGUGGGGAUACGAGAGGAAAAAUAUUAGGAGCUCAUAAAAUUACAUCCUUUAAUGGCGCUUGCAAAA